GCUAGUGGUCUGCAUGGUGUUUCGAGGGGCGGGCAGACGCGAUCGUUUAAAAUCUUGGGUACAUUCUUGACGGUCACACCGGCCGGCGAAGAAGGAGUAGAAGUUGGACGAGAAAUACGCGUUCGGUUGCUACAUUGAGUGUGCUCGCGUGUGUGUGUAUAUCUAGUGAGCUUUACCGUGAAAAGGGAACAUGGGCUUGGAGCUCUUUUGACGUGUUACAGAAAACGAUAAUACAGUCGAUUAACGACUCUAACUCGUAGUAAACUCGAUACAAAGUAUGGCAAAUUUGCCGCCUCUAGACCCUGAACUCUCGAUAGGGACGAAACUGGUUCGUCAUAUGAAAGUGAAAAGAAGAAUGUGUAGUGCACAGUUCUCAAGGGCUCAAGUGUGCCUGCUUCUGCUUGUUCUUUCGUCGUUGGUCAUCACAACAAUCGCAGCUUUAGAGAUUGAUAGCGAUUUGGUGUUUGACGAUGGUACAGCGAGUAAUGACUACGAAUACCGUAAGACUAGUAGCAAUGCAAGACAAUACUCGAACACCUCUCAACACUUCCAGAGCACAAAAUCUAAUCACGGAGCUUCCAACAGCGACCAGCAACUUGUGGCACCUGUAGAAAUUCCUUUAGAAGACCCAGAAGAACCAAAACCUGACAGUAGUGAAGACGUCGACAGUAGCUUCUUUGGUAAAAUUAGUGAGUUUGGCAGACGUGCCAAGAGGCAGUGGUUUCCAGACUUUUUUGGAGGAGGAGAGGAUUCAGAAAAACCCUCGUCUCCAACGGAAAGCACAAGUAUAUUUGAUUCCUCGAACUUUCUUGGAAUCUUUGGAAGUUCUGGCGGAACAAACGACAAACCUCAAAGUCAUUCAGCAGAAAGUGAGUCAGAGAACGUAGAAAUUCUGAAGUUGACAACACCCCAGGACGACAAGUACCGAAACAAAAGAAGCACAUCCUUCGACAACAUUAAUGGUGAGGUAACCCUGGACGAUGUGGAAGACGCUGACGAGGAGAACAUAACGGACCAGCCUGAGAGUCAGGAGAACACUGAGACAGACGAGGAGACAACUGUUGUGGCGCGCAAACCCGGCAAGUUACAGCAUCUCAACUCUGAUGACGAGGAUUACAUCAGCGAGGCUGCUUCAGGAUCUGGUAUGGAAAGCAGGACCAUACUGCCAACAUUAGCAACUCCAUCAUCAGACCGACAGCCAAGGUUUUAUCGCAUCACCUUCACGAUUCUGGAACCAUUCCGAGUCGAGUACUAUGACAGGAACAGUGAAGCUUUCCAGCAACUAUCACAGGACCUGUCCCAGGCUGUCAAUGCUCUGUAUGAAAACGUGCCUGGUCGGCAGUCCGCUACAGUCAUCCAGAUUCAGGAAACUGGCGAAAGAUUCAGCAGUUUGGUAACACUGGACCUUGGCACAAUGGACAACUACAACGAAAGUCAGUUGCGAGAGCGUCUCUACAGACAGAUUGCCGAUUAUCGCAGGCUAGGAAACACUGAGUCAUCAGAAGAUAACUUCAACUUCAGGUCAUUUGGUGGUAAGUCUGCAGACUCUCCUCUUAUAAACACAAAUUUCCCUCUUCCUGUUUAUCAUUUCCUUCUUUCUAAA